AUGUUAACAACGAAUACUCACUUUUCGACUACGAUCCGUCAUCAACACCACCUUACCGGCCACAAAUGGAUGGUGUUCCUAGCUCUUAUUCACAAUUUCAAAUGCCCCAACAAUUCCAUUUCCAAUCUCAAUCUCAAACCCAAUUUCCAUCCCAACCUCCCUUCACACCUUCAACCGAACACGAAGAAUAGCAACAACAACCUCAACAACAAAAGAAAGGGAAGGCUGAUCCGAGAAGAUGGACACAAAAAGAAGAAGUUGAAGCGCUUUUGUAGGGGAAUGAGUCGAAGUCCAGAUUAUCGGACCUCCGACCAAUGUAACUCCAAAUGGAAUCUUAUGAACAAAGUCUUCACACAAUGGAAUGGAAUUUACACAAACUUUGAGAAGCAAUGGGCUAGCGGAGAAAGUGAAGUGAGUUUGUUGAAAAAAACACACACUACAUUCCAAGAUGAUAUGCAAAAGUCUUUUAAGUUUAUUCAUGUUCGGGAAGUUGUCAAUAGAAACAUUAGGUGGAGGGAACUUGCAACACAUGAAGACAUUGCAAAUCUGCCGAAAAGAAGUCGGACAUCUUCAUAUUCGAGCUCGCAACAAGUCUCAUCGGAUGGUCGCGUAGGUGUUAAUCUUAAUGAUGAUAAUGACGACAUUGAAGAAAUAUGCCCGCCUCCUCGUCCAAUGGGAAGGGACAAAACAAAAGCUCGAGCAAAAGGAAAAGGGAAAGCGACUUCUUCAAAUUCUUCAGUCGGAACCGAGCAGCCAGCUAGAUUGGAAGAAAUGAUGACACAAAUGACACAAUUAAAUUCAACUUUGGAGAGGCAUAUGGAUGAAACCGUCCGAAUCACCGAGUAUACGUUGUUAAUGCAAGACGUGAGGCACCUCGACCCAUGA